GUGAAACUCCACGUCUUGGCCCUUCAUCUCUUCAAUUGAUUGAUUGUAUUGUGUAUUGGGCUUUUGUCGAGACUGAGUUGAGAUAUCAAGAUGGCUCUUCUUCAACGAUUGGCCGCUCCAUCGCGAAGAGCUCUGCGUCAAUCUCCAGUUAUCUCGUUGAUGAUCACAAGGAGAGCUUCCAAUGUCGCUCCCCCAAAGCUCAAAGACCCAUCACUUCUCAAGCAGGAUGUUUGUUAUGUCAAUGGUGAAUGGGUCAAGGCCGGCUCCGGCAAGACAUUCGAAGUCCAUGAUCCUUCCACUGGCAAACUCAUCGGAACAUGCCCCGAAUUCAACUCCAGAGAUACCCAAUUAGCCAUUGCCGCUGCUGCAGAUGCGUUCCCUUCAUUCCGCGCCAAGACCGGCCGUGAGCGCUCAAAGCUAUUGCGCGCUUGGUAUGAUCAAAUGGCCGCCAACGCUGAGGAUAUCGCAAAGAUUAUUACCUGGGAGAAUGGAAAGCCCAUCGCCGAUGCCAAGGGUGAGACCACAUAUGCUGCAAACUUUCUCGAGUGGUUCAGUGAGGAAGCACCACGAGUAUAUGGUGAUACAAUUCCUAGCUCGGUUCCUGGAAACCGUGUUUGGACCAUCAAGGAGCCCGUUGGAGUCUGCGGCCUCAUCACACCAUGGAACUUCCCUGCUGCCAUGAUCACACGAAAAAUCGGACCAGCCCUGGCAGCAGGUUGCACGGUCGUCGCAAAGUCCCCUGCCGAAACACCAUUUACUUCACUCGCCUUGGCCGAAUUGGCUCACCGCGCAGGCAUCCCCAAGGGUGUCGUUAACGUCGUGACCUCACACGAAAACACACCCGAGCUCGGCGAGCUUCUCACAUCUGACCCUACUAUCCGCAAGGUCUCCUUCACAGGAUCCACCGGUGUUGGCAAGCUUCUCAUGAAGCAGUCUUCCGGCACUCUUAAGAAGCUCUCCAUGGAGCUUGGUGGCAACGCCCCUUUCAUCGUCUUCGAUGACGCUGAUGUGGAUGCUGCUGUGGCUGGAGCUAUCGCGUCCAAGUUCCGAUCUUCAGGCCAGACCUGUGUCUGCGCCAACCGAAUUUAUGUCCAGCGCGGAAUCUACGAUGAGUUCGUGUCCAAGUUUACCGAAAAGGUCAAGUCUUUCAGUGUAGGCAACGGUUUUGACCAAGGCGUUACACAUGGACCUCUGAUCCACGAUCGAGCUAUUGAGAAGGUUGAGGCUCAUGUCAAGGAUGCUGAGAAGAAGGGUGGAAAGAUCACCAUCGGAGGCAAGCGACUCAACGACCUUGGCUCCAACUUCUAUGCACCCACUGUCAUUCGUGACAUGACCCCUGAGAUGGACAUGGCCUCACAAGAGACCUUUGGACCUGUCGCCGGUCUCUUCCCCUUCGAGACAGAGGAAGAAGUUGUCAAGAUGGCCAACAACACCGAGGUUGGUCUGGCAGGCUAUUUCUUCUCCCGGGAUAUUGAGCGUGUGCACCGCAUUGCUGAGUCUCUUGAGGUUGGUAUGGUUGGAGUCAACACUGGUAUCAUUUCCGACGCUGCUGCGCCUUUCGGUGGUGUCAAGGAGAGUGGGUUCGGUCGCGAGGGCUCCCUAUAUGGAAUCGGAGAGUAUCAGAUUACAAAGAUGAUUACAUAUGGAGGCAUGGGCAAGCCCCUUCAGAACGCUCAAGCCAGCAACUACCUACUGACAGUGGCUACUGUCAAAACAAUUGACGCAUUUGUGAACGGAAAAGGCCACAGGUUUGAACCCUGCCACGAUGAGCGUGAUAUUCUGCAACCUGGUUUCGAAAAAAACGACAUCUCACAACACGAACUCACCACAAUGGCAAUGUCAAAAGCCAAUGGUACUCUACGAACAUGCCUGCGGCAACUCGUGCGCUCAGAGGGCCCAGCUCCCCUCCGAUCGAUAGCCGCUACACCCCGCGUCUUCAGCACCUCUCCCUCUCUGCUCAAGAAGCGCAAGAUCACAGCCCCUAGCAACAGCCCUAACAGCGCCAAUGCGAAGGCAGCUGCAGGCUCUAUGAACAAGGCGGAGUUCGAUACUGCAAAGGUGCCGAUGCCGGAUCCGGAAGAUCCCCUCGAUUUUACAGCUGUUAUUGCUGCGUAUGCUCCUAUUGAUGCGCACUUCAAGACCCAGCUGGCGGGUAUGAUCCAUGGUGGACGAUUCAAUCCUACCAAUUUGGGAUCGCUGCCUGUGCCCAUGAAGGAUCAUGACGGCAAUGAUGUGACAUUCCCUCUACGAGAGCUGGCGCAAGUCGUUCCUCGAUCUGGUCGGGCUAUUUCACUGCUCGUGAACGACAAGGAGUACAUCAAGCCUAUCAUGUCAGCGGUGCAAGCAAGCCGUGAGUUCAACCAACAACCACAGCGGUCAGAGGACAACGAGCUUGAGCUUCUUCUCAAGGUGGAGCUCGAGCGCAAGGACGACGUCGAGCGACGAAUCAAAGAGACAGUACAGCACUGGAAGGACCGCAUUCGCAAUGCUAGAUCCAAACAUGAAAAGACACUCAAGGACUGGAAAAAGUCGGGCACUGUCCUCCCCGACAUUGUCAAAAAGGCCGAGAAGGAGCUUCAAAAGGUACAAGACAAGAAGAUGAAGGAAAUCGACCAGGAAGAAGCACAGACCAUCCGUCAACUAUAG